AUGUCGACUGAGGCCCCCAGUGCCCUGGCGUCAGCGCCCACCCCGGUCUCUCUUGCGCCAGAGGCAGCGCAGACCCAGACCGGUUGCACCAACGACGUCGGCAACACAGACGGCCACACCCAGGACCGCGUUGCGAAUGCUGAACACGAUGCUCCCGCCGACCACAUAGAAUGCGCAAAGCCCACCUUCCUUCACUCGCCGCCUGAUAGCAACAAUGCGGCCAAGUCCGACGGCUCGGAUUCCGAGCUCAGCGAACUUGACGAUGACGCCGUGGACCCCGCCGACGAGCCGCCCAAGGAGGACGAUAUUGGCGAAGUCGAACCCGACCACUACUCGGGCACCGUCCCUGUGUUCCGGCCGACCAUGCAUCAGUUUAAGGACUUCAAGCGAUUUAUGGAGAAGAUAGACCGCUAUGGAAUGCAGUCCGGCAUCGUCAAGAUUAUUCCGCCCGAGGAGUGGAAAAACUCUCUGCCCGAACUCGAUGACCUCGUCAAGCAGGUCCGUGUGCGAGAACCGAUCAAGCAAGAUAUCAUGGGCUCCGGCGGCACCUUCCGACAGGUCAAUAUUCUCCACCAGCGAUCCUACAACGUACCCCAGUGGCGCAAGCUGUGCGAGCAGAGCGAACACCAGCCGCCCGCCCGCAGGGGUGAGCGCCGCGCCAAUGCAGACAAGCCGAGGCCUGCGACUCGAACCCGAGCUGCCGCGUCGUCCGCGCCGAAACCUAGGGCAGCACCUGCGAAGAAGCGCGGCGGCAAGCGCGGCGCCAAGAACAACGGCAAGCAGAAGAAGGACGCUGACGAUGCCGAGACGGAAGAUCGACCUAUGACGCCCGUCUCCCCAAGAGGAGAUGCUGAAGAGGGCAAAAUCAAGACGGAGGCUGUGGUAGACUCGGUCGAGACUGGGGAUGCCGAGGAGGAGGAAGACGAAGCCACUCCUACCGUCGGCAGGAUGGGCCGUAUGGGUGGCGCGAGGCCCUCCAAGGGCGCCACGCAGUCCGUCUCGGCGCGCCGGAAGUACAGCAAACGAGAGGGUUCUGCCAAGAUUGACGAGGAAGCCUUCAAGGAUUUCGACUACCGCAUGGACGUGUCCGACUACACGCCAGAGAGAUGCGAGGAGCUGGAGAGGGCAUACUGGAAGACCCUGACCUACGCGCCCCCUCUAUACGGUGCUGAUCUGAUGGGUACGCUAUUCGACGAAUCCACCGACACCUGGAACCUCAACAAACUCCCCAACCUGCUCGACGUCCUGGGCAGCAAGGUCCCGGGAGUUAACACAGCAUAUCUCUAUCUCGGCAUGUGGAAGGCCACUUUUGCCUGGCAUCUCGAGGAUGUCGACCUAUACAGCAUCAACUAUCUGCACUUUGGCGCGCCGAAGCAGUGGUACAGCAUCUCGCAGGCCGACGCCAAGCGAUUUGAGGCAGCCAUGAAGAACAUUUGGCCGACUGACGCCAAGGCCUGCGAUCAGUUCCUCCGCCAUAAGGGCUACCUCAUCUCACCACAGCAGCUGAAGCAAAACUACAACAUUACCGUCAACAAGUGCGUCUCCUAUCCUGGAGAGUUCGUCGUCACAUAUCCAUACGGCUACCAUUCGGGCUACAACCUCGGCUACAACUGCGCGGAGGCUGUCAACUUUGCUCUUGACUCAUGGCUUCCCAUGGGCAAGAUCGCCAAGCGGUGCCAGUGUCCCCAGGCGCAAGACAGUGUGUGGAUCGACGUAUACGAUAUAGAACGCAAGCUGCGAGGCGAGGAGCUGGAGUACGAAGAGUACACUGAUGAUGAUGGCGAUGAAGAAGAGGAUGAGGACAUGGAGGAGCCUGAAUCCACCAAUGCACCAGGAUCUCGCGCUGUCAAGAUCAAGGCUCCGUCUCGCAAGCGCAAGCGUGACGCGAAGGACAAGGAUGAGAAGAAGGUGAAGAAAAUCAGGCUCCGAAUUAAGGCACGCGCCGAGCCGCCUUGUUGUCUUUGUCCCAACGACAUUGCCUCCGCCGAGCUCAUUCCUACUAACGACGGACGCAAGGCGCACCGCAUGUGCGCCCACUAUCUUCCCGAGACCUACAUCGAGACCAUCGACGACAAAGAGGUUGUCUGCAAUGUCGCUAAUGUCGCCAAGGACAGACUUGAUCUCAAGUGCCUCUUCUGUCGAUCCAAGCGCGGAGCCUGCUUCCAGUGUUCUCAAAAGAAGUGCGCGCGCGCGUACCAUGCUACUUGCGCUGCCGCAGCCGGUGUGUUUGUGGAGGAGGCCGAAGUCUCCGUCUGGGGUGAAGACGGCACAGAAUACAAGGAGCAAGCCUUCGAGUUUAGCUGUCGUUUCCAUCGCACCAAGAGAGACAAGAAGGUGGACGGCGACUCCUUGGAUGACGACGAGCGCAUCCUCAAUGCAGCCAAGGCUGUCAAGGAAGGCGAAAUUUGCCAGCUGCAGUACUUCAAGGGGGAGAUUUUCGCUGGCGUGGUUGUCGAAAAUCGCAAAGAUGAGCGUAUGCUGUUGGUGGAUAUUCUUCCCAAUGGUGCCCGCGUCGAGGUUGAGUGGAAGUGGCUCCUUGUGGCUGAUCCCUCCGACUACCAUCUUCCAAAGGCCUCUGCCAAAGCUAUCCCGAUGCCCACUUCGCAAAAGGCCAAGCAAGAGCUCAACGCCAAACGCGCCGUUGACGAGGUGCCAAGGAAAGAUGAUACCUUUGUGGACGGCGGCUUCACCUGGGCUGAAUUUCACACUUGCGAGCCUUUUCACAACAAGGAUCAGGUUAAAGCUGACCUCAACAAAGAUAUGCAGCUGUGGUACUACCUUGGCAAGACGUCGACCGAGGCCAAGGCGCAGUAUACGGAGAGCCCUACGCUGCAGCGACACAACCCGCGCAGCAACUACCUUGACACACUGCCAAAGCCCGCGAAGCCUCCCAAGCCUGUAUCGGUCACGCAGCGUCGGCCGUCGCAAGUGCCUCAACGACCUUCAAUUCCUGGUCCCCCCCGCCCGUCGCCGCUUUCGACUUCCUCGGUGCCGGUACCCGUGCAGGGCCCGGCGCAAGGCCCAAUGCCAAUGCCGUCUUUGCCAAAUGCAGUCACCGUCGAGAAGCCAUACGUGUACAAGCCGCGCAAGCCCAUCGACGGUGUUUGGUUCAAGACGCAACAGUUCACAACUCAACAAUUUGCUCCUAAAAUGAGCAACUCGCCGUCUCCUGCGCCCAACGGCCACCAGUCGGGCCAUGGCUUUGAUUCUCAGUUCGCUGGCCAUCAGCACGCUCAGACAAGCCAGUAUUCACAGCAUCGCUUCAUUCCCUCUUAUGCUCCUGCCUAUAACCCGCAGACCGCCGCCUAUGGUGCGCAACGAAAUGCACCACCGAACUAUGGACAACCGCAGCAGCAGCAGCAGCAGCAAAGAACCUGGUCGACGCCCUCUUCAAUGAACCAGCCAUCACCGUAUCAAUCUGGCCAACACACUAGCCAGCAACGCAGUCAGCAGGGCCAACAGGGCACAUCAUACACAGACAGCAACCGAACGCUCCAGGUGCACCAGUAUCAGCCCGUGAUUCAGCAGUCAAGCACUCCGUCACAGCCAGCGCAUGUCUCUCCAGCGCAAUAUGCAGCUACGCAACAAAGUGCGACUAACUCGCAGAAACAAUCGCAACUGCAAAGUCAGCCUUUCAACCAAGCCCAGCAGCAGGUGCAGGUACAGCAUCUGCAGCAGUCGCCAGCCAGCUUCACAGCUGGCCAGGCUCAAACCCAUGUAUCGAGCCGCGCGCGAAAGGAACGGGCUCCGGCACCAAUACCGACACCAGGACCGACAAAGGCAACGCCCCAGGCCCAGCCUCAGACACCAGAGGUCGCCAGGACACCCACAAGUGCAUUGCCUUCUCCUACGUCCAGUGGUGCUGUGGGUUCCAUCAACUCUGCACAAUCGCCAAAUGCACAGAGCAAGACGGCUCGAAUUUCGGAGACGCCAGUGCCUCUUCCUCAUCAGAAAGCAGCCACCUCGACACCACGAACGAAAGCCAGUGGAGCAAUGUUCGGCCACGCUUCUACCACUUCACCCACCAAGGUCGUGGUUUCGACUCCCGAAUCGACCCCCGCGCAGCCUUUGGUACCAUCGCAAACUAGCACGAGCACCGAUUCGAUAUCUGUUGCGGCUCAACAAGCCUCGGUAGCCCAUACACAGGAUGCUGCUCCGUCCGGGCCACCCUCUCAACCGUCGCAGAUAUCCAACAGAGCUGCCGUCGAGACUCCGGUGCCUUUGCCGAGACUUCCUGGCAAGGUGACGCCGGUGCCGCUGCCUCCGCAGGCUUUGCAGGUUCUCUCAACCGGCCAUUCUGUGUCGAAGCCCUCGGGAUACACAGGCGAGGCAAUCUCGGAAACGCCGAUACUGCCGCCGAUCAGGGCGCCCAUGGCAACAACGCAAACCUCGCCAGAGGUUGACGAUAUGGACAGGGUGGGUUUUCCGGAGGUGCCCCACGAUUCGAUGGCGUUGGUGGAGCAGAUGAUGCAAAACCUUCGACGUGCGAGCAUCAGACAUACUCACACGAACUAG